CGAGCAAAGUGCAAGUUCAGUAUUAACUGCGAUAAGAAACAGCCAACAGAGAGUGUUGAAUCAACAUGGCGGUGAUCGUAGAUCAAAGAGACGAGUCGAAGCCCAGACCCUGGCAAAACGGCGUCCGAUCCUUGAGAGAAGGCAUCGCGCACAUCUACGACACGAAAGAGUUCGCCGAUGUCCAGUUCACGGUCGGCGCAAGAACUUUCAAAGCACAUCGCCUCAUCUUGGCAGCCAGGAGCCCAGAAUUCCUGAAAAUGCUUCUCAAGAAACAACCCGGUCCCUCCGAAGAAAGAGUCGAUGACGUCACGGAAGAAGGAUUUGAGAUUCUGCUUCGUUACAUUUACACCGAUCAAGUAGACGAGCUCGACCGUGAGAAACUGCUGGAGGCAUACCGUGCCGCCUCCCUCUUUAAGCAGAAAGGACUGCUGAAGGUGUGCGAGGAGCGUAUUGUCGAGUGGGAGAUCACCUGCGAAAAUGUAUGCGAUUUGCUCAACAAGUUGGCCCACAUCGAGUCAAUGAGGCAGAGGUGCCUCCUCUUUCUCAGAAAUAAUGCCCUGUCCGUACUCACCGCUGACAACUUGACCCAGGCAUCUGCAAACACCUUCUGGCUCAUGUUCGAGAGCGGAUUCUUCAAGCAUGCACCAGCCAUGACACGCCUAAAAAAUGCAUUGAGGUGGGCCGCCGAGCAGUUGCCUCCGCAGAACGAUUACAGCAUGGCCCGUGAUCUCCUGCUGAAGGGCAAGCCCAUUCUGGGCAGGUGUGGCAUCGAGAGACUCAACAGCGUGGAACUGGCCACCCUGAUCGCACAAUACAAGGGGCUAUUAACACCAGAGGAAUGCACGUCUUUCUUUGUGAAUGCAAAUAAUCCUGGAGCUAUGCCUCUGCCUACAUGGUGCAAGCCAGAUGAAUAGACAGUUCCAAUAACUCUUCAAUUAAGCCCAAUCGUUUAAAAAUUAAUUUAACGUUUCUUUAAUUGCCAAUAAAGUGCUUCUGCAAAAAUGUGUCAGACCACGUUUAAAAAAUUUAAAUUUGGUGCAAAUCUAUUUCCGAUAUUUUACUUUGGUCAGAAAAUUUGAUGCAUUUGUGAAGUUUAUCUUAAAUAUGUGCGACAUAUUGUAAAAUUCUUUAAGUAAAUCUGAAAUUAUAUUUCA